CGGCAGAAAGGCUUACAAAAAUCUGCAGCAUGUUGAUCAAAGUGAAGACGCUGACUGGCAAGGAAAUAGAAAUUGACAUUGAGCCAACAGACAAGGUGGAGAGGAUAAAGGAGCGAGUGGAGGAAAAGGAGGGCAUCCCACCACAGCAACAAAGAUUAAUUUACAGUGGAAAACAAAUGAAUGAUGAGAAAACAGCAGCUGACUACAAGAUACAGGGUGGUUCAGUAUUACAUUUGGUCCUUGCACUUCGAGGAGGUUGCUGAAGCUGGAUUGCCUCCUACUGUGUGGAAUGUGGGUGAUGAUGCUCCAUCCAAUGUGGGGGACUGCAGUGUGUACUGUAGUAUCCCUCUUAUAUCUGCUUGUUUGAUUGUAAAAUAAUGACGUGGUUUUUUUUUUUUUUUUGCAUGUUUUUUCCUUAAAUAAACUUCCCCUUGUCUUCUC